UGUGGCCAAUUUUCUUGGUAUUUAUUCAACAUUAAAAAAAAAAGUUAAACUAAAAGUCAAACGCAAACAGGGAAAGGCAUUUGAACAGGAAGGAUGUUGACGUGAUUUCCGUAGGCUUAGACCGGGGAAAGUUGUUUCCUGAAGUUGACACUGCGUCGAUAAUUUUCACAGCAAAGCUCGGGUGCUUAAGUGCAAAAUGACUCCGACAGGUUUGUCGGAAUUUUGAUAGACGUCAGGUGAACUCUGUCUGACGAAAAGAUGAGCUCCAAGACUGAAGACACAGUGGCGAGCCUGCAGGCCCAGCUAGCCGAGUGCCGAGCUCAGGCCGAACACUGGCAGGGUGUGGCGACGAUCUGUGAGCUGAACAAACAGGAGGAACUAACAGAGCUACAAAAACAAUGUGAUCAAGAGAUCCAGUCCCUGCAGGAGGCUCUCAGAGAGACAGCAGCGCAGUAUGAGGCCAGGAUAUCUGUCCUUCAGUCUCAGCCUGUGGAGUGGAGAAGAGGCAGUGGGCACAACAUGAUCAGUGGAAGGAAAGGCAGGAUGGAUGCAGAAGUCGCCAGCAAUGAACCCCAAACAUCGAUCGCCAACAGUCUGGCCGAGGCCGAAGCCAUGGGGUCAACGGACAGGAGGCACAACCAAUUAGCGGAGCUCGAGGCGUCGAUGGCGGAGGGAGAAGGGACGCCGCCUACAACGGAAGCGUAUUUUUCACUGCGGCACUGCGACUCGGCCUCGUUGUCCUCCUUCUCCUUAGACACGCCCUCUCUACCCAGAAAACUCCACGCUCAGGAAGACACUGACUCUCUGGUGUCCACAGGAACUUUAGUGCCUGAAGCCAUCUACCUACCACCGGCCGGACACCGGCUGGUCACACACGGCGACUGGGAUGCACUCAAUUCUCAGGUGUCAGAGCUGCGAGGGGAGGUGAGUCGGCUGCAGGCUGAGAAGGAGGAGCUGGAGAGAGAACUGGACACACAGACCAACCACACACACAAACAGGUAUCAAUGCUCCAGUGUCAGGUCCACACUUCAGAGGCCCUCCUGCAGGAUUUGAAGAAAUCUUUUAGCCAAUCACAGAAUGCCGUCCAGAGUCGGCUGGCAGAGUUAUCCUUUUCCCAGAGGAAGGUGUGCAGUGAGCUGUCCAGACUGAAAGGAGAGGAGGUUGAUGAUGAGGGACCAGAGUCCAGCUCAUCAUUUCCAGCAACACUGCAGGGGGCGCACUGUGAGGAGCGUCUUCGCAUUGAGAUUGUCAACCUGAGGGAGCAGCUGGACACCCGGACAGAGGAGAAUGAGGUUUUAGAAGUGCAGCUCUCCAGUCUGAAGACAGAGACAGAGAGGAUCCAGGCUCAGAAGGACCAGUUGCAGGCUGAACUGCUGGCCUGUCGCACCGAACUGGAAGCCCUGCGGGUGGCACUGUCUCAUAUGCAGAGCACCAACAAGACCCUCAGUACUGAUAAAGCGACCCUGCAUCAAAAGUGUCUGGAGCUGCGUAGCCAAGUGAUCAGUCUGCGCUCCCAGGUCGACACCAGCCAGACUGUCCAGAGAGACUUUGUCCAGCUCUCCCAGUCGCUUCAGGUGAAACUGGAGGUAAUACGGCAGGCUGAGAGUCUUGAACAAGUCAGGGAAAUCCUGGAGGAGGGAGUCAGUGAAGCUAGUUCCUCGCCUGCAGACGCCUCGUGAGUUUUAGAGAGUCCCAUCGGAACCAAAGAGCCCAGGCCAAGAUAAAAGACCUCAACAGUGACCAAUACGGACCAACUAACCAUCAGCACACAAAAUACUGUUGUGACCACUGGGAUUAUCACAGCUGGUGCUGCUAGCACUUCUAACAUUUGAUGGAUAUUCCUAAAGAGACAGAGAGACAUUUUUGUGUUUGGAUCAGAGGUGAUGGUUCGGUGUCAAUGACCGAAACUGCUACUUAGCGACCAAAGUGAUUUUUGAUGAACCAAUAAUGCUUUGGGGAUACUGU